GUCUUCUGCCAUAUCUCUUCUUACGUAGACAUGUCCGCCAGCUCUUUACAUAAUGACAGGACCACCGAGCAAUUUCGAAAGCUAUUUAUCGGUGGCUUAAAUCCUCAAACAACUGAAUCGAAGUUGAGAGAAUACUAUGGACAAUGGGGAGAGGUUGUCGAUGCUGUCGUGAUGAAAGAUAAACGCUCUAGUCGGUCUAAGGGCUUCGGCUUUAUUACUUACAAGGAGCCAGAGAUGGUGGAUGCUGCGCAGUCUUGCCGUCCUCAUUCUAUUGAGGGUAAGACUGUUGAAUCAAAGAGAGCUAUGCCCCGUGAGGACUCACAAAACCCGGAGGCUCAUAUGACCGUAUCUAAGCUAUUCGUUGGCGGCCUCAAAAAGGAGGUCACCAGUGAGGAUCUCAAUGACUGCUUCAUCAAAUACGGCAGCAUGCGGGAGUGUGAAGUUGUAAAGUUCAAAGAGUCUGGUGAAAGUCGAGGAUUCGGAUUUGUUACCUUCGAUGACUAUGACUCGGUCGAUAAAGCAAUAUUGUACAAGCCUCAUUUCAUAGGCGCUAGCAGAGUCGACGUGAAGAAGGCACUUAGCAAGGAGCAGAUGAAUCAAAUGAGAAGAAAACAGGAAGCCAGAUAUGAUGGCUAUGGUGGUGGCUACAAUAAUGAUUACAAUGGUGGCUACAAUGCCACGGCUGGUCUUCCGCAAAUGGGGGGUGGGUACACUGGCUACGGUAACAAUUGGGGUAAUGGCUAUGAUCCGAUGAAUGUUAGCAACGCAAUAGGGGGUGUUUGGGGUGGCCAGAUGAGCAGAAGCGGUACCGGUGGUGGCCGCUGGGAUGCAAUGGGGGAUGGCUUCGGCAAUUAUGGAACUCAAAGAGCUUAUGGUGGUGGGCCCAUGCGACCUAUCAGUCAGGGCUAUCAAAGGAGCGGUCCUUACUCUGGCGCAGCAAAAGGUUAG